GUUCCUACUCGGGAACCCUUCUUCCUCUAAACCUACUAGUUCCUGACGCGUCAGACGCUCAGUCCUCCAACGCAUCGGUUGAUCGUAUAAUCUCAGUAUACUCGCGCGUAAUCUAACUGAGACAGACAGAAAUGAAGGAAGCCGAUAGCGUCUUUCAAUACAUCGACACGCUUGCAACAAUGCUACAUUCACCACCACAGCACGCGCGAAUGCACAGGCUUUUCCUUAUCCAAGAGCUUCUCUCAAUUAUAUGUGAACACGUGCGCGAUGAACCCAGCAGCAUUGCAGGAAGAACGCUUGCUUCUCUCGCUAGAACGUCCAAGGUUUUCUAUCAUGUGGCCACCAGCGCUCUAUGGUCACAACUAAAUGGCCUCGCGCCAUUACUACAACCCUUAGCAUCGGAUCUAAUCACCGAGGAUGCUGCGGUGAUGCCGGCAAGGCCACGACGACCGUUAAUGCUUCGGAGGCCACUCAAAAUGGCAGAAUGGGAAACACUUUGGGGCUUUGCACGCCGUGUUCAGCACUUAUACGUCCAUGACCCUACUCGACCGGUAGACGUCUCAAUCAUUCGUACUCUCUGCAACCCCCCGACCACAUCACCUGUGUUCCCGAAUUUGAAGUCAAUCAUCUGGAAUGACGAGAGAGCUGAGACUUUCUCGUUCAUUCGCACGCUUUCCGGGCCAACAGUCACUUCCCUAACGAUAAACAUUUCAAAUGAUAGUCGUAUAUGGCAUAUAACCGAGCUCGGUAUAUUGGCUUCGCUGCCCUACCUUUGUCCCAAUGUUACACGGGUGACCCUGCCCACCAACGCCUUCUGUCACAAUGUUUCCACUAUAUCAGAGGCCCUUUGCGCAUGGAGCAACCUCACAGAGAUCAAAUGUGGAGCAAUAGACGGUACUACACUUGCGCAUCUUGCCAAGCAAUCAACUCUUCGCAAGCUUUCAUUCGAUACGCCCAGUAACAUGCGACUCGGGCUGGAUGUGACUUUGCCUUCAGGGGCAUUUUCCUGUGUCCGCGAUUUCGAGAUUCAUACAGCGAAUCUGUCUUUCCUAUGCGCAUUCCUUAACAAGCUUGGAGGAUCGCCCGUUUCUCUGCACAUGCUGGUGGACACCAAUCCACCACCUACUUGUGUCAGUUCGCUUUUUACCACUCUCAGGCGGUUCUCGAGUACUCGAUUGCAAUCUUUGAGCCUGCGAUUGAUGACUCCGUCAAGUCCCCGGGUCACGCCAGUACACGCAUUCCCGUAUCCACAGCUCCAAGCUAAUACAGCAUCUCUCAUGGCACCUCCCAUCAAUAUGAUGGCCCAACUCCCCCAUGGCUUGAGCCUCUAUGCUCCGCUUCCCCCACAUCCAUUUAAUGUUAUGCCUAUGGGCAUUCAAGCAUUGAGCUAUGGAUCACCUCCUACAUUUCACACUCUCACUUUACUUGAUUUUAUGCCCCUUAGCUUCUUCGAAAGUCUGGGCAGGAUAGACAUCGAUGUCAAUCACGGUAUACACCUAAGCGACGACGACCUCAGGUCGUUGAUCUCUUCAUGGCCUCAUCUCUAUUCCUUCUCCCUCAACGACAACACCGGAUGGCGCGUCAAGUCCGGCAUCACUCAGAUAGGCCUCCUCGCGAUGCUCGAAUUUUGUCCUAAUCUUCAGAAGCUUUGCAUCGCCCUGAACACGGAUGCGUUCACAGAGGUGCCAUCAGACCGUCCGGGAGAAGGGUUCGAAAAUAUAGCUGUACAAACAUUAGGUCUCGCCGACUCCCUUAUCGACGUCCGCGCGACUGUAGCAGUCGCAGCAUUUCUCUCUGACAUUUUCCCGAACCUCACCACCAUCGUCGCAUGGGAUUCGGUGCCGAUGAGUCGGCGCCUCAAUGCAGGGAUAUAUGCUGAGAGGUGGACGCAUGUCUCUGAGCAGGUGCGGGGGAUGAACAGGGUUCGGGAGCAGGAAAGGAAAUGGUGGAUGAGUGACGAUGAGGGCGAAAGCGAGGCGUGUGCUCUAUCUCAGGUUUGACACAUCUUACUUAACUGGAAUAUAUCGACUUGUAUCAGCGGAUUGUACUUACGAGACAAAUGGCCAAAGGUGUUUUUCGCUUUUUCAUUUUAAUGGGCUGCCUGACCUUGAGCUUACGGGUACUACCCCGGGGGCCAAAGCCCCACACUGGUCUAGUGCCAUCUGAC